AUGUGGCUAUUGUCGGGUGAUUCACACGCUAUUCCAGCAGUUUUAUCACAAAACAGAGGCUUCAUCAAGCAGAACUGUGAUUCUGGGCUACCUUCACCACUUCCUUCUGAUACCUUAAAGUAUUUCGGCUGGUGUGACAUAGAGGACCAUGAUGUUCGAGGAAAUCAGCUUCAUUGUCCCCGAGUGAGAGAAGGACCUUCAGAAGAAGAGCUAUUUUUCAGAGGAGAAGAACAUACUUUGAAAAAAAGGAAACAAGUAACUGACACAGAGAAGUGGCAAAAGAAACUGCAAGAGAACUGGGAAAACUGUGCUGAGUUGAACCUUUCAUUUCAGGACCUGGGUGACCUGUACCAGGUGGAAAACUUCAAAAGAAUCCUCCAAAGAUUAAUUCGGGUGGAAAAACUUUGGUUGGUGGACAAUUCUUUGACAGACCUAAGUGCCAUAAGGUUGCCAAGAUGCAGAGAACUAAAUGUCAAUAAAAACCACUUUACAUCCUUCAAACAGCUGCCAAAGAUACCUCAGAUUCAGCACUUAUCACUCGCUGAAAAUAACAUCAUGACACUAAGUGGAAUAUCAGACUUUAGACACACUCCACUUGAAUCCCUUAUACUCAAAAGGAAUCCCUGUGAAUUUCAAGAAGGAUACAGACAACUUGUAUUCUCCAGUUUGCCAAAUCUGAAAGUGCUGGAUGGUAUCCCAAAACUGCCAGAGGACUGUUCACCCCCAGAUAUCAGCUUUUUUUUCAAAAUGUGUACUAUACUCUAGCACUGUAUUUUUGUAGGAUUGGAACUGUGCUACAAUCACCUCACUUAAAAGA